ACACCACCGAAAGCCUCACCUUACCUUGCCUUACCUUACCUUACCUUCAGACAAUGUAUGUAUAUCUUCAAUUCACAACCCUCCUAUCCCAAUAUUUACCCAAGUAGGUGACUCUAUCAAGUAUCAAACAUCUUAUACCUUGGUCAGUGCCAAAUUCUUAUGAGUACUUGAAGUUUACGUACUUGAAUAGAAUGCGAUACCUUCGCGCAACACGCUUAAUACUACAUCGUAGUGUACCGGUAAGAUAUUCUAUCUGAUAUUCGAUUUAAUCUUAUACUAACUUCUUGACUUCUUUAGAAAAAAUGUCUGCAUACGCUCCUCCUGCCUUCAAUCGGCCCCAAUCUUAAACUGGAUCUGCGGAAACAAUGUGUGCGGUAAGUUCUAAUACCAAGUUCCUUCCAGAUUCAUACUAAUAUGACUUUAGGCUAUCUCAAUUGGCAACGCCGUAAUGAGUGUCGAAAUUGUCUAACACCGAGAGUUGUGGUUCAGACACAGACCCCGAAGGGAAUCGAAAAGAAAACCAAGAAGGCUAAGAAGGGAGGAAAGAAGGGAGGAGAUUGGGUGGAGGGACUUAGUUUGGAGGAAUUGGCCUAUAUGGCAAAUGCAUUGAGAGAAACUUUGACGGCGAUCAAUCUGCAGGCAGAGAAAUUGAAGAAGUUGCUGGCCAUUAGGGUGAGGUCAUGGAAUGAUAAGGUUGAAAACUUGAAGGUGGAGCUUGCCGCAGCACAACAUGAAUUGGCUGUUCAAAAAAUCUUUGGAAUUUGCGGAAGAUUACAAGUUUACACCUGCUCAAGUAGACAAAUUCUUGAGUAAUCUCUCAGUAGAGGAAACGGGGGAGUUGAAGAAAGAGAGAAAGACAGAGAGCACGGUUUAAAAAAUCAAAACUAGCUAAAUAUAAACAACGCUUUAUACCAAUAUUUA